GUAUUUUUGAGAUUAUUUAAGAUUUUUAUGACUAGAGAUAUUUUAACUUCUACACACGUGGCUUUAUCUCUGAUGUUUUCAUUUUAAAAUGUAAGCACAUAUAACUUUUUAGUCCCUGCAUGUAACAACACAGACUGGUCGCUUUCAGUAAAUGUACCCUGUCGCAGAACGUUUAACGUCUUCCUGCAUCGGUUUACGUUAGUCACUGCAAUGAGGGACAAGUCUGCAGUUUUCGUGGUACUUUUUAUCUGAGUGUGUCUUUUACAGACUGACACUCUGUUGGAGGAUGGACCCUGUAGUGCUGAGCUACCAGGACAGCCUGCUGCGGCGCUCUGAUGUGUCCUUACUGGAAGGGCCUUACUGGCUCAAUGACCAGGUCAUUGGUUUUGCCUUUGAGUACUUUGCUGCUGAGCGCUUCAGAGUCCUGGGGGAGACCAUCACCUUCAUCAGCCCGGAGGUCACCCAGUUCAUCAAGUGUGCUUCCUGCCCUGAUGAGUUAGCCUUGUUCCUGGAGCCGCUGGACCUCGCCUCUCGCCACUGGGUCUUCCUCGCUGUCAACGACAACUCCAACCAGAGCGCCGGCGGAUCCCACUGGAGCCUUUUGGUCUACCAUCACAACUCCAACCACUUUGCACACUAUGACUCUCAAAACGGCAGCAAUUCCCUGCACGCGCGACGUAUCGCCAGCAAGCUGGAGCCUUUCCUUGGCGCGGGGAGGAAAGCGAUGUUUGUGGAGGAGCCCUGUCCGUCACAGCAGAACAGCUAUGACUGUGGCAUGUAUGUUAUCUGCAUCGCGGAGGCCUUGUGCGAGAAGGCCAGGGUGGAGGGCUCGCCACGCCUCCCCGUGCAGAUCAUCACCCCAGCCUACAUCACUCAGAAGAGGGCUGAGUGGUGCAGACUGAUCCAGAGUCUAGCUCAGAACGACCUCUGCUGCGCUCUGUCCUUCCCUUAGCACGUCGAUCGACCCUCACUAUAUGCAGAACAGCUGUCGGCCUCGACAUAUCUACUGCUGGAGCCUCUGAAUGCACUCCUUCAAUACAGUAUAUAACUACAUAUAUUUCUAUUACAGUCUCUGUCAUACUCCAUAAAAGAAAAAUCUCUAACGAUUUAUUGGUGUCAUGUUUACGCCUUGUAUAUGCACAGCAACAUACAAAAUGUAAACCUGAACACCGGCAUGCCUAUAAAGGAAUUUACUCCCAUGUACAUAUUUACAGAGGAUGGAGAAUGUCAUGUCAAAGACGAGGCACAGACUUUUCUUUUUCUCCAUUGUGUUGGUUUGGGGCGAAUGUAGAAAUGUUUACACAGAUUAUUGCUCAGGGUCAUUUUAAAUGAACUAGAAUUGACGAUAAGAAUGUGAACCUUAACUUUGGCUCCUACUUUACGUCGCAUAUUCAUUUUGUCUCUGUUUGAACGGGCAAACAAACUUUUUAGUUUUAAAGAAAAUUGCUGUACGAGGGUGAAUCGUGCUGUGACUGUUUGAGACAAAGGGCAAUGUUGAGUGGUGGAAUGUACGAUAUGUUCUCACAAAAAACAAGUAUCAAACCUACUGUCUGUUGAUCUAAUAAAAUUUUAUUGUUGUCACAUUUUUGUUGACAAAAUGGUAAA